ACCCCUUUCCCUGUCUUCUGCGGCUGUGACGCAAUUUAUUUUUUCAUUUUACAGCGUGUCGUAAUCGUUAUAGGCAGGCAACGGUAUUUCUCGCUCCACCGGAGUGAAGCAAAAGGUGCGGGACAAGACAUGGUUCGUGUUAUCUGCGCUCAAUUGAGGGAGACUUCAUAUGUAGUCGGGCACGAGUGCCACUCCAUCUUAACUCAACUCGGACCUCCGGGAGCUAACUGUAAUCCGUUUUUGUGAAACAGGAAAGUCAGGGUUGGACCUCUGUGAUUUUAACUCGGAGUUUCGUGAGCCUGCUUCUAGAAAUGGACCCCUGACCGCUGCGAGUCAGUGUUUGACCCCACUCAGGUCAGGUGGGGAAAGGGAAUGUGGGGCUAAAAGAGACAAAAGUUGGCAGACGUAAGCAACAUUUAGCCCACCUUUGUAUCGGAAAGGUUUGACUCUUUAACAGAAGGGGGCAGUACCGGCAGACCAGCUAAGACAGGAUACAAUGGACAAUCCAGAAAGUGGGGUAAGGCUCAAUACACAUGGGUUACAAAAAUGAACAUAACAUGCCAAGAGAUCGUGGAGGGUAACAAACGCAAGGGCUUAUCAGAAUGAUCGAAGGCAAGGGGCUAGGAGGUGAUCUCAAGAGGUAGAUAAAUGUAAGGGGUGAGUCCUGAUAAGACGCAGGAACACGUAAUCACAGAGGCAGAACAAAACUAUGGAAAGCUGUUUCGAGGGUCACCAAGUUCUGUCAACAGAGUAGACCGUAGAACAGACUGAGUUGUACCACUUCCACUCGUUGUCGAAGACAUCACCCUCCAUGUUGGUGGCAGGAAGGAGUCUUACUUGUCUUUGUCAAGUUGUCAAGUUAGCACAAAUAUUUAAAAAUAUGAAGUACUUUUGGUUUCAGUUUACUGUAAAACUACUGCGCUGCAAGUUCUGGGAAAUCAGACCUCUAGACGUUUGACUGGUUUGUUAGUGACACCACACAUAUGGAAUGGCAUUUGCAUGUCAUGCCUAGUCACUGUUGACAAACCAGUUCUCUUUGUUUAAAAUCCGAUUUUUCCUCCCGUGUGCCUAGAACAGACUGUUCUUCACUGAAGAGAUGAGCAUAGAGCGAUUUGAGUGAACAACUUUUACUAGACUGGUUUAGUAUCUCGUGCUACAGCUGUGCUGAUUGUUCUCUCUUCUGUUGUACAUUUGGCAGAGAAUGGCUCAUCGAUUCACCAACGAUCUCUCUUGUCCGGUGUGUUUUGAGAUUUUCAAAGAUCCUGUGUUGCUGUCGUGCAGCCACAGUUUCUGUAAAAAAUGUCUGGACAGUUGGUGGGCGGACAAAGUGGUUUGCACUUGUCCAGUGUGUAAUCAAAAUCCGAGUGGUGUUCCGGCAAGUAACUUGGUUUUGAAAAACCUCUGUGAAGCCUUGUCAGGAGAACUUUCUGUGAGUGAGGACACCUCUGCGGGAUCGGAGGCUCUCUGCAACCUGCACUCGGAGAAACUGAGGCUCUACUGUUUGGACCAUCAGCAACCGGUGUGUGUCGUCUGUCGUGAGUCCAAAGCACACUUCAACCACAGCUUCAAACCCAUCGAUGAAUGUGCGGAGGAUUACAGGGACAGUCUCAGGAAGUCCUUGAAGUCUUUGCAACAAAAUCUCGAUCUUCUGAGUGAGGCUGAAGUUAAAUGGAAUCUCACAGCCGAACACAUUAAAAUGCAGGGACAAAAUACAGAGGAGUCGAUUAAGGAAGAGUUUCAAAAGCUCCGGUGUUUUCUACAACGAGAAGAAGAAUCGAGAAUCGCCGCCGUGAGAGCUGAGGCGGAACAAAAGAGCAGCGCGAUGAAGAGGACUGUUGAGACUCUGAGCAGGGAGAUAAAACGUCUAAAAGACAUAGUCGAAGCCACAGAAGAGGAACUGAGAGCCACAGAUGUGGAAUUCCUCAACAAAUACCGGGCUGCAUCAGAAAGACUUAACAAACAACCUUUGCUGAAAUGUCCAAUGCUGACACCUGGUACGUUGAUCAAUAUGACAGAACACGUGGGCAACCUCACCGACAAGGUAUGGCAAAAGAUGAAGGACAUGGUCACUUAUAGUCCUGUGAUUCUAGACCCAAACACAACGGUACAAGUUGUUAGCAAGGAUCUGACAAGUUUAACAUACACUAAUAACAUUAGUCAUCUUCCAGAAAACCCAGAAAGGUUUAAAAAUUACAUCCUAUGUCUUGGAUCUGAAAGCUUUAACUCUGGGAUUCACUAUUGGGACGUUGAGGUUGGAAAUGAUAGAGGAUGGUCAGUUGGGUUGAUAAAAGAUUCUGUCGAUAGGAAGGCAGAGCGGCUAACUGGUUACUGGGAAUUAUGGUUGAAGGACGGUCUGUAUAGAGCAAGUUGUCCACCACAUAUAGAGGAACUUCUGACAUUGACGAGACCAAUUAGGAAGGUGAGAGUUCACCUGGACUGGGAGGGAGGAAAGCUGAAAUUCAUCAACCUGGACACAAACACAACCAUUUAUACCUUCGUACAAACGUUCACAGAGAAGCUGUAUCCUUUCUUUGACAACAGCUGUCAGACACCACUGAGGAUAUUACCGGCAAAAGUCAACAUGAAAUUGACUAUAUAGUCAUCUGACGGUUCUGACAUUUUAUGUCGUAGAGUUUUGAAACUGUUUCAAACAAA